UCAGUAUUUAUUUUUGGACACAUACGGAAAGUAACUGAAAUUUGGUUGAAGAUAUAUAUAUUUUUUCAAAAUGAAAAAUCCAGAAGAGUAGUCAUAAUUCAUAAAUCCAUUGAAAUUUAAGUCUUUUAUUCGCGUUUUUAUAAUUUUCGCUCUCCCUUCCCAUUCCAUAUUUGAAUUUAAAUGGAGAUGACUUUUAAAGAGUAAAAAGAAUAAUAAGAGACUUGAAAACACACCCUCCUUAGUCCUUUCCGUUUCCAUUCAUUCUUUCUCUGUCGAAAGGUUCUUGAGUGAUGGCGUCCCAACAACACCUGGAGAAGAUGCAGCUCCGUCAGAACUAUAGGAAUCUUUGGCACACUGAUCUCAUCACUACCAUUCAUCGCCACCCUCUUUAUUGUUGCUUUGCUUUAUGGUGUGGACCAUGUGCAUCCUACAUGCUCCGGAAACGAGCGCUUUAUGAUGACAUGUCAAGGUAUACAUGUUGUGCUGGUUAUAUGCCAUGUAGUGGUAGGUGUGGAGAGAGUAAAUGUCCCGAGUUUUGCCUUUGCACUGAGGUUUUCCUCUGUUUUGGAAACUCUGUGGCCUCUACCCGAUUCCUCUUGCAAGAUGAAUUCAACAUUCAAACAACAAAAUGUGACAAUUGCAUCAUUGGUUUCAUGUUCUGCUUACAACAAAUUGCAUGCAUAUUCUCCAUAGUUGCAAUGAUUGUUGGAAGCGAUGAGAUUCAAGAGGCAUCACAAAUACUGAGUUGUUUGGCUGAUAUGGUUUACUGCACGGUCUGUGCAUGUAUGCAGACGCAACAUAAGGUUGAAAUGGACAAACGAGAUGGCAAGUUUGGUCCACAACCAAUGGCAGUCCCCCCUGUUCAGCAGAUGUCUCGCAUUGAUCAACCAAUUCCUCCUGCAGCUGGCUAUCCACCAGCAGCAUAUGGACAGCCUUAUCCAGCUCAAGGUUACCCGCCUGCUGCAUACCCUCCUCCUCAGUACCCACCAUCUGGUUAUUCUAGGUAAAUAUUUCUCUGGGUUACUUGUUGGUUGCAAGCACUAGUGUGGGUUACUAAGACAUGGAUAGGGCUUUGAUUUGCAAGCUGCAAAUUACAUAGUGAUAUAUUUUUAUGCGUGAUUUGCUUUUCGUGUUGCUGAUUUGAACAGCUAAAGGUUUAAAAAGUAGAUAUACCAUGAACAUGUCUGCUAUCAAUAGUUUAUGCAAAUUUGUAAAAGGUAAGACAUUAGAUCGGAACCGUCUUAGUGAGGUGAUAUAAUCAACGGGCUUUGAUCCAA